AGGUAAAAGGUAACGGGCAGCCGUGAGAGAGAUAGCGUGAGAGAGAGAAAGAGAUGGUAAAGAGUUUCUUUUUGAGUGAGGUGUAAGGCCCUGCAGUUAAAACUGGUCAAACCUGUCUUUAGGCCUCACAGAUGUGCUGAUGGGCGAGGAUCAAACAGCUUGGAGGGUUUAUUAAGUGGGCCAGUUGCCAUAGCGACGCUUUGGCAAGCUAUUGCCAGGAUAAGCCAUAAUGGGUCUCUCGACGCAAUUCUCUCUGCUCCUUUGGAAGAACUUCAUUCUCCGGAAGAGACAAAAGGUGCGACUGGUCGUUGAAGUGAUAUGGCCUCUGUUUCUCUUCAUCAUACUGGUGUGGGUGCGGUCCACUAAUGAGCCUAUUUACCAAGGCCAAUGUCACUACCCAAAUAAAGCCAUGCCAUCGGCUGGUGUGCUGCCCUGGCUUCAGGGUAUGCUCUGCAACAUCAACAAUCCAUGUAUGAACUACCCAACACCAGGGGAGUCACCAGGCCAGGUCAACAACUUCAACAAUUCCAUAAUUUCUGGAGUGUUGAUAGAGCUGCAAAACCUCCUGGUGAACAGAUCUAUUCUAACGAAGACGCAGUUGCUGGCAGAUGACAUCGACCAGUGGGCUUCAGUCUUGUCACAGUCUAAUCCUAGUAAUGAUCAACCAGUGACUCUGAGGAGUGUCCUGAGGGACGACGAGACUUUCUCCACGUACCUUCGAGAGAAUUUGUCUGUGCCAUCAACAGUUGCUCAGAGCCUCAUGAAUGCAACAGUUAACAUCAAUCCACUCAUAGGCAUUCCAAGUCCAGGCAACUUGAGGACAAUUCUGUGUGAGGGGACAGAUCUGGAUGAGUAUGUCCAAUUUCGCAGCCGAGCUGAAAAAGAGGCUUUUCAAAAUGUCAGCUGCUCCCUCACUCAACAGCAGCUGAUUAACACCCAGCAAGUACUCCUGCAAAAUCUGGAUGUGAGGAAAGUGCUUUCUGAGCUGUCUUCUCCUACGGACUUGAAUGCAGUAGAUACAACAACCCUGAUAGUGAAUACUACUCGAAAUGCACUGCCUGUAUUCGAGGAGAUGGCCAGGUUAGAGAGCUCCCAGGUCUUUCAAGCUGCUCGUUCGUUGGAUUUCCGAGAGGACAUGAUUGGCAGUUUCAAUAUGCUACUGUGUGGAAAGCAGCCUGACUUCAAUUCCACCAAUAUGACCCUAAGCUUCCAGUCACCUAGCCAAACAGCUGACGAACAGUCAAUCUUCAUUACGGGCAACAGUUCAGAGGCUUUCUGCCAAACCCUUGUCGACACUCUGGAGAACACACCUGGACUGCGCAACGUUUGGAGCACCUUCAAGCCGUUAGUGCUUGGAAAAGUCCUCUACACACCUGAUACACCUGCUACUUUCCUCAUUGUGAACAAAGCAAACGGCACAUUCAACGCCUUGGCUCAAUUAAAAGAGCUUGCUGAUUUAUGGGAAGAACUUGGCCCACGUGUCUAUGAUAUCCUUCAAGAUAGCCCUCAAGUGAAUGCAUUACGGGCUUUGCUGGCGAACCCUGCGUUUGCUGCUGUCCUCAACCAGCGUCUCGAAGGCACUGGAUGGACGGCCGAGCGGCUCGCCAACUUCCUGUACAAUGGGCCUCCUGAGGAUCGUCCACCUGGUAUGGAUCCCUACGACUGGCGUGAUGUUUACAACACAACUACUCAGUUGCUGGAACUUCUCUCUACCUUCCUUGGUUGUUUGGACCUGAAUAAGUUUGAGGCAGUCCCCAGUGAAAACCAGCUGGUGAGAAAAGCACAGGAUCUUCUGAAGAAUGACACGUACUGGGCCAGUGUUGUCUUUGAAAACCUCCAGCCGAACUCCAGCCACCUCCCUCCUCAUGUCAAAUACAAAAUCCGCAUGGACGUGGAUGAUGUUGAGCGUACCGACAAAGACAAAUCCAGGUCAUGGUCUCCUGGGGCUCGAGACAACUCCAUUAACGACCUGCGCUAUAUAUGGGGAGGCUUUGCCUAUCUGCAGGAUAUGAUGGAGAAUGGCAUUAUACAAGUGCAAACGCCAAAUACCCAACCCCUUGGUGUUUUCGCCCAGCAGAUGCCAUACCCUUGUUACGUGGAUGACGUCUUCAUUUCCAGUAUUGGAAGCAUGUUUCCAAUGUUCCUGGUGCUCGCCUUCAUGUAUUCUGUGUCCAUGAUCAUCAAAUGCCUGGUGCUGGAGAAGGAGCUCAGGCUCAAGGAAGUGCUGCGUGUUGUUGGCAUUCGAAAUGGAGCCCUUUGGUCUUCAAGGUUCACAGAGAACAUUAUUCUGCUCACAGUUCCCUGUUUGCUCAUAAGUAUCUUGGUUAAGUACGGGAAAGUGCUGCAGUACAGCGACCCCUCAGUAAUCUUUGUCUUCCUGCUGGUGUUCUGUGUGGUCACCAUCACUCAGUGCUUCUUCAUUAGCGUCUUCUUCUCCAAGGCCAACUUAGCAGCGGCGUGUGGCGGCCUCAUCUACUUUGUCCUCUAUCUGCCGCACGUCCUCUGCUAUGCCUGGAGGGACGUCAUGGGUUUCCCGGCCAAGGUUGCUGUGAGUUUAUUGUCAUGCGUGGCCUUUGGCUACGGCUGUGAGAACUUUUCCAAGUAUGAGGAGCAGGGCAUCGGCAUUCAGUGGUACAACAUUAACCAGAGUCCAGAAGAUGGGGAGCGCUACACCUUCUUGCUGUCCAACAUCAUGAUGCUUUUUGAUGCUGCCUUGUACUGGACACUCACCUGGUACAUUGAGAAUGUCUUUCCAGGACAAUAUGGAAUCCCUAAGCCGUGGUAUUUCCCCUUCACUGCAUCUUAUUGGUGUGGCAAAGCCUCAACAACCAGUGUUGACCCCUGUUUUCCAAAGGACUUCACUGAACAAAACGAAUAUCUGGAGAAACCACCACCCAAUAUGAAGGCAGGGGUUUCCAUCCGCAAUCUUGUCAAGAUCUACAAGACUGGGAAGAAGCUUGCUGUUGAUGGACUAACUGUGGACUUCUAUGAGAAUCAGAUCACAUCUUUUCUUGGCCACAAUGGAGCUGGAAAAACAACCACAAUGUCGAUUCUGACAGGACUAUUCCCGCCUACAUCCGGCACAGCCCUCAUCAAUGGAUACGACAUCCUCUCUAACAUGGACAGAAUCCGGAAAUAUUUGGGAAUGUGCCCACAGCACAAUGUCUUAUUCAAUGAGCUGACAGUGGAAGAACACAUCUACUUCUAUGCUCGACUGAAGGGACGCAGCCGUGAUGAGGUGAAAAAUGAGAUGGACCAGAUGAUUAAGGAUGUUGGUUUACCACACAAACGGAAGGAUCUUGCUAAGAACCUGUCAGGUGGCAUGCAGAGGAAGCUGUCUGUGGCUAUAGCAUUUGUUGGAGGCUCAAAAAUUGUCAUCCUAGAUGAACCCACAGCAGGAGUCGACCCCUAUGCCCGCAGGGGGAUCUGGGAACUGUUGUUAAAGUACAAACAAGGUCGCACCAUCAUUUUGUCUACACACCACAUGGAUGAGGCAGACAUUUUAGGCGAUCGCAUUGCCAUCAUCUCCCAUGGCAAGAUGCGUUGCUGUGGCUCCUCGCUCUUCCUAAAGAAAUGUUUUGGAAGUGGCUACUACCUGACUCUGGUUCGAGAUGGGUCUGAAAAGAUGACAGCUCAGCGUAACGGUAUUAUACACAGUCAGGCCACAGAGGAGAAAGACUGUCAUUGGAGGAGCAGCCCAGAUCAAGGCAUUGGCAGCCAAAGCUGGGACAGCUCAGAUCCCACAGACUUGACAGCUGUGGGUGAGCUUGUGCAGCGUCAUGUCCCGGGGGCAGUCUUCUUGGAGAGCAUUGGUCAAGAGAUCACCUACAUACUGCCAUACAGUGGAGCCAGAGAUGGGACCUUUGCUCGGCUCUUCCAAGAGCUCGACCUGGCCUUGGCUGACCUUGGACUGACCAGCUACGGCAUCUCUGACACCACACUGGAAGAGAUAUUUCUUAAAGUGGCAGAAGAAACUGGAGUGGAUGCCGAAAUAAAAACAACAGAGGAGCUGUUUUUGAGCGACUGCAGAAGGAGCUCCCACAAAUCCAAGAGGAACAGCAUCUCCAGCAUGUGCACAUCAGAGCGAGUGUCAGGAAUGAGUGAAUUAAAGGAAAGAUUUACAUGCCAAGUAGAAGACAUAAAGAGGAACACCAGUGUCAAUGGGAAGGGAUCCAUGGUCAUCACUGGUUGGGAGCUGAUCAGGAGGCAGUUCCUCGCACUCUUCAUCAAGCGUUUCCACCACGCCCGCCGCAGCCGCAAGGGACUCAUUGCCCAGGUGAUCCUGCCCCCUGUGUUUGUGUGCCUGUCCCUCAUCUUCUCACUCAUCAUCCCACCCUUCGCUGAAUAUCCCAGUUUGGAGCUGCAGCCCUGGAUGUAUGGAUUGCCACAAACCACAUUUUACAGCAAUGAUGGGCCAGAUAACCUGGAGGUGUCUCAGGUGGUGGAAUCCUUGGUGAACAAUCCUGGCUUUGGGACUCGCUGCAUGAACGGAGACCCUAUACCGAAUUUGCCAUGUUCUUCCAGUGGGUCUGACUGGUUAACUCCACCGGUAGAUGAGUCAGUGUCCGACAUCUUCCUCAAUGGAAACUGGAGCAUGUCGAACCCCUCCCCCUCCUGUCAGUGCAGCACCCCUAAACGUAGCAUCAUGUUGCCGGACUGUCCACCUGGAGCAGGAGGACUCCCUCCACCUCAGAGGAUCCAGAACACAACGGACACAUUGCUGGAUUUAACUGGACGGAACAUAACAGACUUCUUGGUCAAGACUUAUGAGGACUUGGGUAAAACAAGAUAUGGGGGUUUUUCUGUUGGAGGAGUCAACUCCCAAGUCCGUCUGACUGAAGAAGAGAUUGAGGCUGCAUUUGUGGAUCUGAAAGACAUAUUAAGUUCAUUUCAGAAAGGUGAAUUUCUUGGCGAGUACCAUGCUUCUUUGUCCUUGGCCUUUUGUCCUGAACUGCUUAUUUGUUCUAGAUUCGGGGAUGGCUACACGGUGAUAGUGAGGGUUGGUGGUUCUCCUCCGGCCUUGAAGCUAGUCGAGGACUUUGUCCAGCAGACCUUCGCAGGCAGUGUCCUGAAGGAAAAGCAUCACAACACGCUGCAGUAUCAGCUGCCAUAUGCAGAGGGAGCGUUGGCCACCAUCUUCAGCCAGUUCACCAGCCACCAGCAGAGGCUUGGUGUGGAGGAUUAUUCUGUGUCACAGACCACUCUGGAUCAGGUCUUUGUGAAUUUUGCGAGGCACCAGCACACAGAAGAGGAGUCUCAGGGCUACAACAACCCAGUGGACAUUUCAGAUGAGCUUCCUGUGCCACCUUCCAUGGGGGGUAGAGAAGGUGUAUAGUCCACACCUACAGUAGCCUGCAAUAUAUUGUAAUCAAAAGUGAAUGCAUGUGAUUUUUCUCUGCAAAGAUGCAGUCCUAAUUAAUACUCUUAACAUAGGCACGACCUAUUGUUUGUGAUAUACACUUUGCACUGUUUGUGAAGGUGUCUGUCUGUGUGUGUGUGUAAAAAAACAAAAGCUAAAAAUGAUCUCUAAUGCAACAAAUCAAAAACCUAAAAUACUACAAAUGUAUAGCACUGUUAAUAUAGCCUCCAUCCAGUGUGGACAUGAAUACAGUAGAUUUAGUAGAGUUAGAAUUAAGGGCCACGUAGUUGAAAUAUUAAUAAAGCACAUGUGGACGUCAGAUUUGAAAACUGCUGACACCAUAGGCUGUAUUUAAAAAUGGAUGUAGCUUUUUUUGGUAGCAAAACAAAAAAAACAAACUUCAGUUAUGAGGCACUGAGAUUGACAGUUUGACUGGCGCCAUGUCAGUUUCUGAGACCAGAGGUUCACACCUGUUACCUGCAACCAGGCUUCUGUUGGACAAUACCAGCUGUCAAACACUCAGGUGUUCUCUUAUAUUCGCUGUGCUCUCUUAUCUAUUUUUCUCUGUAUCAGAAAAUCGAUUACAAAAUUGCCAUAAUAUUCUUUUGAAGAAGACACUGAACUCCUCAGGGAAAGGUUUACUGAUCUUAUAAAUUUAGACAAAACAUGGCUUAUUUUCCCUUGGAUUCUUGAUUGAGAGUUCUUUUUGCAACCAGUAGAGUCGCCCCCUGGAGGCUAACUGCUACUUUUUCUCUACGUCUUGGUUUUCACUUUUCACACCAGUAGACUACAUCCAUUUUUAUACACAGGUUAAUAUACCUCAAGAACAUAAAGUGCUGAACUAUUCCUGAGUACAGUUGUUUACAUGUAUUGUUGUAUACAUUAUUAUAGGUUGGCAUUGGCUUUAGUGUGAUGGAUUAUUGGUGACGUGGAACUGAUCAGGUCAGGUGUUUGAUGGCACUAUCAAGAAAGUCGCGUCAUAUACGUUCACAUUUAAUCCCGCCUCAAAGCGAAUCAACAAGAGACUGAAGUGAAAUUCCUUCAUCAACACACAAAUCACAGGAGCUCAGUGAGUUUUCACCUCACACUGUGAGUCGCUGACAGGCAAUGCAUUGAUUGCCACCAAGCAUAAACGAUUAAUAACAACUCUGUCAAGUGUGUUGGCUUUGAAUGCCUCAGUGAGCCUUCAGUCAGCUGUAGUUGGUGUUUAAUGAAAGACAUUGGGGUUAGUCACAGUCAAGCAGCUGUCAAACAUGUUUGGUCUGAAAUAAAGGAAACACAUCUUGUAAGUGUUUCAACCACAGCUUACUGGCAACCUUUAUUCCGAGCAAUUAGACGCAGAUUUUAUGUAUCUUUCUAAUAUUUCUUAUUUAGUGUUUACCUGUUCUUUGUGUACUCUGUGACUCUGCUGAUAAAGUAAAUAUGUUUGUUACAGUGUCUCUCCAAAACAACUCGUAAAAAACUGAAAUUUAGUGAUGACGCUGCAUAGAAUUGUGUUAAAGUUCCUUAUGUGGGAUAGACAAGUAGAUUGACAGGGAUAGAUGUCAUUUAUUUCCAACUGUACCAAAGAAAUUAUUUAAAGUUUCUAAGCAACAUUGAUUAAUUUUGCCUUAAUAAUAAUAAUAAUAAUUAAUAAUAAAGCCAGAAUCAGUUCUUACUGUGCUUUCAAUUGAGUCAUUUUAAAAAGAGAAGUCUGUAGAAGUGCCUUUAAUGUAAUAUAACCACAUAAACUUUAUUUAGUUCAUGAAACUGCCUUAGGAGCGUGAUAUGUAACAGGUCCUCAAUGCAUUUAGUUACUUUUCAGUUGCUGUUCAGGGAAGGGAGGGAAACAUUGUUUGUACCUCUUGAUAUUAUGACCAAAAAUAUUUUAAAUGUAUCAUGUAAACUUUUGAUUUCACUAUAAUUGUGUCUAAUGUAUACAGAUAUUGUGUCAUAACGUUUGAACAAACAAUUCAAAUAGUUUCUCAAAGCUAUAUUUUAUUAUACCCUACACUAUAGAUUUUAAGUGUCUUAAUGUAAAGAAUGUAAAACUAGGGAUGUCAUCAUCAUCGUACCACAGAUCUGGUGUCUGGUCGUUGCCACACUCACUGAGAUUCCACUUCACUGAAUCUCUACUCAAUUCAAUACAAUUCGAGCUGUUGCUCACAGACAAACUCUCCUCGAUUUAAUCAGUGUGCAAGCAGUCGUUUAGAUUAACAAGAUGAAAGGCCGCUUUGCCAGAUUAGCUUAAAGAAAAUAUUAUUAGUCACUGUGAAAGCUGUUUGUUUUUACUGUGCCUGCCUUCUUCCACUUCUUCUUGUCGCCAAACUAAAGUUGCAAGGACGCCACAUAUUUCAUGCUGUCGUCAAAAGAACGUCCUGAGUUUUCACAAUAUUGGGUUUUGAUUCGGUAACAAGGCGUUGUACGGGUGACGUCCCUGUUUAAAUCACUAAAGCUCUUUUUGUCAAAGCACUUUACUUCAAGUGAGACGUCGUUUGUAUGCUUCUGUGUGAAGUCCUCACAUGACUAUCAUCCACUGCAAAGAUUAAGAUCUCCUCUUUGUACUUGCCUCAUGCCAAGCGAAAUGAUUAUUAAACAUUUGCACAAAUUGUAA